CACGCACACACGUGGCCCCUCGCAUUCGGUUAAAAAGAAAAACAUUCACUUUGCUUAUCACUCGCACACGGAGUAACCCCCAAGCAAACUUGUCCAUAUCGCACAGCAGCCGAGCCGCGUGCGAAGAAUACCUUUGAAUUUUUUUGCGUAAAAAUUGCGCAGGAUUGAAAAAGUGCCGUCUGCGCGAAAUACAUUUCUCCACCCGAGUUUAACUUUUUAUAUAUUUUUUUGCUUUGUAUCGUGCGUCGUCCGUAACGGUUCUGAAUAUUACAUUUACAACAUUAGAUUCCUUAAUUGUCCGUUCGUUCCACGGAGGAUGAUCUCGUGGGGUGCGGUAGCUGGGUGGCCCCUCCUGGUGCCGCCGCCGCUGCCGCCGCCGCCGCUGCUGCUGCUGCUCGUGUCGCUGGUGCCGUGCCUCCUCAUCUCGGCGCAGGAGGCCGACCCGCGCCCGGGAGCGCAGGAGGGGGAGCCGUGCCUGCGAGCCGCCUCGCCUCGCUCGCCUCGCCGCUGCGCGGCGGGCCUCGAGUGCGAGCCCCUGGACGCAGAGGAGCCGAGGACCGGGGCCAGGCUCUGGGGCAGCAGGGGCAAGGGGUUGUGCGUGUGCGCGGCUCUGCGCGGCGUGGCCGUGUGCGCCAGCGACGGACGCACCUACGGCUCCGUGUGCCGUCUGCGGAGCGAGCAGAGGCGGCUCGGCGCCGGGGCGGGAGGCUCACUCUUCCCGAUAUUCAACGGCUCCUGUGAGACAGGAGCGCCCAACCCGGACAGCGUGCGGGAGAGGCUCAACUUCAUCGCGAACGUGACGGAGCGGGCCCGGCGAGCCGUGGUGCACGUCGAGCUGCUCGCAAGGCACCUGCUGUUCGACCGCAACGUGUCGGUGUCCAGCGGCUCGGGCUUCCUGGUGUCCGAGGACGGCCUCAUCCUCACCAACGCGCACGUGGUCACCCACAAGCGCGACUUGGUGGCCGUCAAGGUGCAGCUCACGAACGGCGACACGUACGAGGCGUGGCCGCUGCACGUCGACAUGCACGCCAACAUCGCCGUCAUCAAGAUCAACGCCAAGCAAAAGCUGCCGGUGCUGCGGCUCGCUCGCUCGGCCGAGCUGCGCCCUGGCGAGUUCGUCGUGGCCAUCGGCAGCCCCUUCAAGCUGCAGAACACGGUGACGACCGGCAUCGUGAGCACGGCACAGCGCGGCGGCCAGGAGCUGGGCCUCGACGACUCGGACCACGACUACAUCCAGACCGACGCCAUGGUCAACUAUGGGAGUGCUGGAGGACCCCUUGUGAAUCUGGAUGGCGAGGUGGUUGGCAUCAACACCCUCAAGGUGACAGCAGGGAUCUCCUUCGCCAUUCCAAGCGACCGCAUCCGAGAGCUCCUCCUCCAGCGACCAGACACAGCGUCCCCGUUCCCUCCGGAGCUGACGGCUCUGCAGGCGCGCCCUCUCGCCAGCAUCACGGCCAGUGACGCACAGAGCGGCUCGCAGCCGCACAAGAGCCUUCGCGACAGGUUCAACUUCAUCGCGGACGUGGUGGAGAAGAUCGUGCCCGCGGUGGUGCACAUUGAGCUCUAUUCCCGGCACCCGUUCUUCAACCGGAACAUCUCCGUGGCGAGUGGCUCGGGCUUCAUGGUGUCGGAAGACGGCGUGAUCGUGACCAACGCGCACGUGGUGGUGAACAAGCGCUACGUGAAGGUGCAGCUGCACGACGGCGAGUCCUACGAAGCCUCGGUGGUGGACGCCGACGAGAAGGCCGAUAUCGCUACCAUCCGCAUCAAGGCCAAGCAAAAGCUGCCGGUGCUGCGGCUCGCUCGCUCGGCCGAGCUGCGCCCUGGCGAGUUCGUCGUGGCCAUCGGCAGCCCCUUCAAGCUGCAGAACACGGUGACGACCGGCAUCGUGAGCACGGCACAGCGCGGCGGCCAGGAGCUGGGCCUCGAGGACUCGGACGCCGACUACAUCCAGACCGACGCCAUCAUCAACUACGGCAACUCUGGCGGGCCCCUGGUCAACUUGGACGGCGAGGUGGUCGGCAUUAACACCCUGAAAGUGACGGCAGGGAUCUCCUUCGCCAUCCCGUCCGACCGCAUCAGAGAGUUCCUCCAGCAGGCGCACGAGCGCCGCCUUCGAGGAGAAACCAAGCCAAAAAAGAAAUACAUUGGGAUCAGAAUGUCUACACUCACAUCUCGGCUGAUUAAGGAGCUGCGUCGCUACGGGGACAUGCCCACUGUCAGCACGGGCGUCUACAUCCACGAAGUCAUCAGGGACUCGCCCGCUUACGCCGCGGGCAUGCGGGACGGCGACGUCAUCAUCAGCAUCAACGGGCAGGAGGUGCGCGACACGCAGAGCGUCACGGACGCGGUGCGGCGCGACGACACGCUCUCCAUCGCGGUGCGCCGUGCCUCCGAGGACCACAAGUUCACCGUGCUGCCCAUGCCCAUGGACUGAGCCACGUGCUGCUGAGCGAGGACGGGGGGGGAGGGGGGGGGUCAGGUUUUCCAUGCCCCCCCCCCCGCCAGAGUCGGCACAGAGGAGGGGCGCAAAUAGCGGAAACCUCUCACCAUUUUUUUUGGCCUCGUUUCAGUGGAAACGGUGAGAUCGACGCCUAACGACGGGGCGGCGUUGAAAUUCACGUUUCCGGUAUCUGCUCGGGUUUCUCUGCGUCCGCCCGCGUCAAAAACCGUCGGCCCGGGAUCGUCCUCUGGCUGCUCUGUCCAAUGCCCGUCUUCCCACCCUCAAUCAAACAGCACCGUCGUACGGCUACGUACGGUGCAAAAGAAAUCCAUGCAUAGUGCAACCCUUAGAUCCCUCCCGACCACGCAAAACCCGGUUCGACCGUCUUCACUCCGGCAGGGGGAUGGCAGUCAGGGCGGCACGCUCGUUUUCUUGGAGGAAUCGCCAAGACGUGCACGUGGCUCUGAGUUGCGUGACCAAUUUUUUUGUUCGAGUUGUGCGGUUGGUGGAGUUUGGCAUCGCGGUUCAAUGUUGAUUCGUCUGUGCCUCACGUUUUGUGCUGAUUCAACAAGCCCUCUUCUCCCCUCGUUAUCCUUCCACCGCCAUCCCAUCCCUCUGGCCAUUUGAGCGGAUUUUUUUCUAAGAAGAGACGACCCUCAACUAUGCACACAGCUAUGCACCGCACACGUGUACGAAUACAGAAGCACGUGCACAGGUGCACACGUGGAAAAAAAAAAACGCACCCACAACACGCCAAUUUUCACGAUUUUGUUUCCAUCUGAGACCUUUGCACAAAUUAUUGGAAUAUUUAGCUUGUGUGUUUCUAGAAAGGCGGACUACGUGAUACUUUGCUACAGGCCAACCAUGCACCCUUCUGUGCGUGUUUGCAAGGAGUUGUUUCAAACGACAAACUUGCCUUGUAGUUUUGACCAUACAAUCGCAUUAUCCAGCUACCAGAGCAAAUAUUUUGCAUUUUUCACAGCGUAAGAACUAUUAUACACACUCAGUUCUUUGCAUUUACUUUUAAUAUUGUUUUUUUUUUAAACAAACCCGAUUGUUUUUGCAUUCAUUAUUGAGUGUCAGACGAUAAACCGUUAACCACUGAUGACUUGUAGGUAGUUGCACAUUUACUUUGACGUUUAUGCAAUAGUAAUACAAAUCUUUAUAAGCUAAUGAGUCAAACUAAGCCUGAAAACCUUUUAGGAUCGUAAAUUUACACCUUUGAGCUCCAAAGGGCUUCUGAAAAUUAAAAAGUGCCUAACAUUUGUGAUUUAUUGAAGCUGUUUCCAAAAGCAACCCAGAAGCACUGUGUAAACAUUGCUGUGUAUUUCCCUUAUCGAGGGGCUCAAGCUUAUAUUUGUAGGGAAAUUAAAAUCUGCGAAAUGAUGAGCUUUAUCGAUCACAAGAGAAGAAAAGUGCAGUCUGGAAAAUCACAAGUUUAAAAGAAGAUGCCAAAAUUUGACCAAAGCACACAUCUGCUAUGCGUUAUAUAAAAUCAAUUCAGCUUUUCCUGAAAAAGUGCAUUGUGGUCUUCUUGUCUUACUUAGAUCACUGCUCCACAGUCAUCUAUCACUGAAUCACUGCUGCUGUCAUUUGGUCACAUUUUUUAAAAUGUAUUUUGGUGGUAAUCCAAGACUAAGGGACCACAAUGUACUUUUUCAAGUAAAGCUGUUUGUUAUUUUUCAUAAUGCACAAAAGCCGUGUGCUUUUUACAUAUUUGUAGGGAGCGAAAUAGGAGUGGGGUGUUGUGGAAUUAUUGAUGUAGGUGCCGCACAAGAUAUGCAUGUGAAAAUUAAACUCUGGCAAGCACUGUGCAAUACCCAUGUCGUAUGGGCUGCUCAAUGUACUCUAUUAGCAUCUGUGAAAUACCAUCUGUAGGUGCUACAAUAAUGCAUUUGCUGUAUAGAGUCUGAGAACAGGGUCUUGGUGAGCAAGGAGAAAGAAAAACACUUGAAUCAAUCAAAUAUGAUGAACACAAAGUAUGCUGUUUCCCUGCCAGUGCUUUGUGAUUGAGUUUGGUUUAUGUUUACCAAUAAGUUCGGAAAGAUUAUUUUGGACAUGCGUGAGUCUCUUUCCCUUCACCCGCUCUUUUCCUGUCAAUCACGAUGGGACUCGGUUAUGCGUCUUGAAACGAUGUUUGAUCGACUUCUGGAUGAUUGUUCUUGCAGUCCAUUGGAAUUUUGCCUAAGCUCUUCUUAGCAUUAUAAAAACAAUGGUUGUCCCAGGAAAACGUUGAUGGUGGUGGUAGAGGUAUGAAUCAUGAAGUGGACUGGCUGGAUGGUUGCUGAGGUUCCAUAACAAUCAAUAUGUUCAGUUUCUGAUCAAUGCCUCACAGGCAACGAGCAGAAUUAGGCCACCAAGAUGGGAUUAGACAUGUCGUGCUUUUGGCCCUGAUGGAGACAGCCUCCCCAUGCCGCUCAUAUAAAUGUAUUUUUACACUGAUUUUUUAUAUACUUGCAGUUCAGUGUUUUAAUCCUAGAAAUGUGCACAAAUUCAGUUUAGAUGAUUAUUUUUAUUGCAUUAAAUAAGCACAAUUUUGCUUCGUGUUUUCCACGCUAAGGAAAUACGGUAUAUGUCAAAGUAUUGUGCUCUCUAAAAAGAAAAAAAGUACAAAAGAAACGAAAACAAUAAAAAUGUAAGAAAAAUACUUGUUUUUUUUUUAAACACACAUUUAGGAGUUAAACACGUACAAGUUGCUGAAGCGUUGUUGUUUUUUUCUAUUGUUUUUUUUGCAUAAUUUUGUAAAUAGUUACCGUUAAACAUUUCAAAUGUACAUGACCCUGUAUGGAAGCGUGCAAGAGCCCUUGUACAGAAAGGCCGAUAAUGCAGGCGCCGCAGACUUUGUUUUUUUAGAGUUAAUGAACAAACCGAGCCGCGAGCCCAGCUGAAUCAAGCAUCGUUGUCGGCCACACGUGUGACUUGUCUAAGCUGUGGUGGGCAUGUGGAACCCACGGCAAUUGGAUCGAUCGGAGCGUAGCAAACGCGCUUUUGCUUUUAGUUUACUUGUAACAAUUUAACACCCAAUUUGCCCGGAUGUUUUGGAAUGCCAGAUGCAGCAGACGGCUCGCGCUGUCGAGUGAUGUGUUUCAAUGGACCAGUAACAAAGGCUGAAGUUGGGGGGUGGGGAGUACCGAAUGCCCCCUCGUGCGAGUGAAAGAACUGGCAAUAGUUGUUUAAUUCCCCUGCCGUUAAUGUCUUGUGUUUGCAUUCGCUUUUGUUCCGCGUGACUCCCGUGCAAUGCCAGGGGUAAACUAAAGUGCAAACGAUUGUUAUCAGGUCUCUCCGGCUUAUUGUCAUUUGGGCCACAUUUAAUGAAUGCCACCUGGCCGGCGCUCACUGAGCGCGUGAUUCCGAUGCCGCUGCGAGACAGGUGCGAGGUGUCAGCUGAAGCCGGGACAAGCCAUAAAACUCGCGGGAUCUCCUUUUUAUACCCCCUGUGCGGCAGUGACCACUUGUAAACAAAACGAGAAGCUGAGCAAUAAAGUGCAAAAAUGUCA